AAGGCACACAAGCAAGUGAGUACAUAUGCCACAAAAAGCACAGAAAACGUGCCUGUAUUUGAGGACUUUGCGGAGCCGGCGCGCGAACCCGACGUCCAAGCCUACUGAACCCGGAGCCCGCCGCAAAACCGAAGACAGAGACUUCCAUAGCGAGUGUUUUGCGAAGAGAUUUCUUGCCUCUGCCCUCCAAUGGCCCGCGAUGCUUCUGACGCUCUUGCAGUGAGGCAGAAAGUUCAACUAUUUCUUAACGCAGCUCGCACUGGAAAUCUUGAUCUCCUGAAAAAUUUGGCGGGGCAGCUUAAUGAAGACAGGGAUUUAGCGAAAACCGUGGCAGCAAUCAAGGAUGCAAAUAAACGAGGAGCACUACAUUUUGCGGCUCGCGAAGGGAAGACUGAAGUCUGUGAAUAUCUGUUGGAGGAAUUAAAGCUAAACGUGGAUGAGAGAGAUGACGAUGGCGAGACUGCUCUGAUUCAUGCGGCUCGUCAGGGGCAUACUGUUACGGCUAAAUAUCUUAUUGACCGUGGUGCCAAUCCUACUAUUGCUAGCAACUUAGGAGCCACAGCUUUGCAUCAUUCCGCAGGAAUAGGAGACAUUGAGUUGCUCAAGUAUUUGCUUUCCAGAGGUAUUGAUGCUGAUUUAGAAAGUGACGCUGGAACACCAUUGACUUGGGCUGCGGGUCAUGACCAGAAAGAUGCCGUCAGUGUUCUGUUAGAACAUCAUGCAAACCCUAAUGCUGAGACUGACGACGGUGUUACUCCUCUCCUCUCAUCUGUGGCAGCUGGUUCUCUGACAUGUAUAGAGCUGUUGGUUCAGGCAGGUGCUAAUGUAAAUGUUAGUGCUGGUGGAGCAACUCCUUUGCACAUUGCUGCUGAUAACGGAAAUCCAGAACUUAUAAAUUGCCUAUUGAAAGCUGGAGCUGAUCCCAAUGUCGCUGAUGAGGACGGAAUGAAGCCAAUAAUGGUUGCAGCUUUAAGGGGCAAUCGCAAAGCUGUUGAGAUAUUGUUCCCCUUGACAUCAAUAGUCGAGACUGUUCCUACUUGGAGUAUUGAUGGCAUAUUAGAGUCUGCGCAAUCAGAAAAUAAAAAACAAGUAGAAACAAGAAAUGCUUCAGAAACUGGUUGCCGCAAGGAUACUGCUUUGACAGAGCAAAAUCUUCCUGAGGUGACACCUGAAGCCAAGAAGAAAUCUGCGGAAGCAAAAUCAAGAGGGGACGAGGCCUUUAAGGGGAAAGACUAUUAUAUGGCCGUAGAUGCCUAUACGCAGGCAAUUGAUCUAGACCCCACUGAUGCUACUCUUCUAUCCAAUAGAAGUCUUUGUUGGAUCAGGUUGGGUCAAGCUGAGCAUGCUUUAGCUGAUGCAAAGGCCUGCAGAGCAUUAAAACCAGACUGGCCAAAAGCUUGUUAUAGGGAAGGGGCAGCUUUACGCUUGAUGCAGAAGUUCGAUGAAGCAGCAAAUGCAUUUUAUGAGGGAGUAAAGCUGGAUCCUGAAAAUAAGGAGCUUGUAAAUGCAUUCAGGGAAGCUGUUGAAGCUGGGAGGAAAUUUCAUGGCACGGCUAAGGAUGAUGUAUAGUCAACUAGCAUAGGGCGACCAAGCUGAAAUGUUGCUGAUGGGGCAAUCUUAUUUUUGUAACGUAUUUAUUUUUUCCCCUUAUUUUUAAAUACAAGUUAGGAUCUGUUUUAUAAUGUUGGUAAUUAGUGAUUAGAAAAAUUUUACAGUUGGCAUGUUCCGAAAUUAUUGCUGUCCACAUGGGCAGAAGUCAUGGAUACCAUGUGAGUGCCUUGAGAUAUCUGGAAUUGCUGCGAAAUUGAUUAUGGUAAUUUUGAGAACCUCAAAAAGUAGAGGAAAAUGAAAAUGGAAACGGAAACAUUUCAUUCGAUUCUAA